CAGUGUGGUCGGAGCUAGUGCAUCAUGCAGCUGUUUCUGUGGUCGCUUGUCCUCAUUCUCGGUACAAUCCUGUACCGGAAGUAUAAGAAAAUGUACAAAUUUGCUGACAACAUAGAAAUGCAUCAUUCGUACGUUCCUAUCCUGGGCCACUCGCUGUUGGUGUUGGGGAAAACCCACGAACAAGUGUUUCAAAUAUUGAAAGAUGCAUUUCUCGCGCACGAUCGGCUAUUUCAAAUGAGGCUUGGAUGGACACUGUUCAUCUCCUCCUCCCAUCCCGAUAUAAUGCAUGCGGUGUUGGAUAAUCCUAAGGUGAUGAAUAAGGCUCCACAGUAUGCAUUUUUCAAAUCCGAAUUUGGGAUAUUUUCCAGUCCUUAUUCCCUGUGGAAACAUCAGCGGAAAACGUUGAACACGUCGUUCAACAAGCGUAUCCUUGAGAGUUUUAUCCCACUGUUUGACAAAUGUGCGGCGAAAAUGGUCAACGAAAUGAAGCGAGAGCCCAAUCUAGCGCAGGUAGAUCUGAUGACGCACGCUAGCCGCUGCACACUGGACAUGGUUUGUGGAGCAACCCUUGGCACGAACAUUAUGGACGAUCCGAAAGCGAACAAAUAUGUUACAUUUGCUGCUAGUGCGUUCGAGAUAGUGGCUAGCCGUAUGUUCAAUGUACUAAAGCAUCCAGAGUUUCUUUACAAGCUAACGAACUCCUACAAGCUCGAAAUGCAGUACCGCCAUGAUUUUUAUGAAUACGUCCGCUCGAUAAUCCAUCAACAAAGAAGCUCGAUCGCGGCGGAAAAUGAUGAAAAAAUGGAACAAGAGGAUGAAGAAAUUUCCUACAGAAAGCCUCAAAUAUUUAUCGAUCAUCUGCUCAAGGGAAAACGUGCCGGACAACCGUUUCCGGAUCUCGAAAUUUUACACAACUGUUUCACAAUCAUUAUUGGGGCUAAUGACACUAUGGUUCUAGCCAUCUGCAACCUGCUGACUCUGUUGGCAAUGCAUCCAGAUGUUCAGGAAAAGGUUCGGGAAGAAAUUGUCAGUAUUUUCCCAACCGACACCGCAAUCGAAACGACUCCAGAAGCAUUGCACGAGUUGGUUUAUUUGGAGCGAUGCAUCAAGGAAGGGUUGCGUUUGUGUCCUUCAGCACCGGUGGUGGCCCGGGUCUGCAGCGAUGACGUCGAGGUGGAUGGUAACAUUAUACCGCGCGGUACAUCUUUCCUGUUCAGCAUAUCCGCCUUGCAUCGGCGAAAGGAUCUUUGGGGACCGGACGCAGAACGGUUUGAUCCGGAUCGGUUUCUGCCCGAACAUUCGCACGGGCGUCAUCCGCAUGCAUUCGAACCGUUCAGCAUGGGUUCGAGAGAUUGCAUCGGCAAGCGGUACGCCAUGAUGGGACUGAAGCUGGUGUUCGUUCACUUGUUGAAAGGCUUCCGCUUUCACACGGAUCUACAGUACGAUCAGAUGGAGUUUAAGUUCGACAUUACGUUAAAUCUGUCGCAGGGAUACAAGUUCCGCAUUGAGCCUAUUGGUGUUUGAUGAAUAGAUAUUUGUUCGUGUAUUGAGAUGUAAUACGCAGCACCUUUCCAAAGUCAAAUAUUUUAAUCACGAUUCUUCUUAACAUGCUCAAGUUCUUAAUGGAAAUAUUAAGAAUAAAUGAGUUAACGGGGUUUGAAUAAAUUAUUUGAAGCACUUGU